AUGAAAGUGGAAGUUCAAAGCCUCAGCCUUGAAGAGUGUCCCUGGAGACUUCCAGGCCCCCAAUGUGAAUGUGAAGCCCCAGCAAGUGGGGCAAAGCGCCGGAUUGACCUUCGCCUGAGUGGGAGGGCAGUCGCUGUUUGGGUCCACGUUAGGGGUGGUCCAGGUCAAUUUAACUUGUCAUAUGCCACGGGAAGACAUAAGAAGCCAAACCCACACCAAAACAUGAACAGGGGGAUGGAAUUUAUUGUUCCUGUAUCAGCUCCCAUGAAAUCUGGUGCCCCGUGGCAUUUUCUUUCUCAAGGUCCCAGGGAUGCCCAGAGAGCAGUCAGAAUCAGGCCAGGCACCAGGAUGGGCUUGUCCUCAGAUCCAGUUGUCGGCACUUUGUCUUCCAACUACCUAGCUCCUCUCUCUUACAAGCCUGGGAGGAGAGUGACAAGUUCAUACCUAAACGUACGUGGGCAUAAAGUAAGAAAGCUCCAGAAUUCUGUUGAGGCCACAAGGAUUUCCAGAACUGGCAGUAGUUAA